AUGGAAUUAGAUAAAACCCUCAUUGAUAAUUAUGAAACUCAACCAUUAACAUCAAAAACAAACAAAAUAGAUAAAGAAAGAGUCAAAAGUAGUGAUGAAAUAGAAAUAUUAUUUGAAAAAGAAGAAAAGAAAAAUGAAUUAAAAGAAGAAUUAAAAUGUAGUAUAUCACCACCGAUAUUAAUUGAUGAAAGUCAAUUAAAUUCAAAAAAGAAACAAGUAUUUGAAUUUUAUAAAAAAAAAAAGAAAACAAUAUUUGAAUUAGAAUAUGAAGAUUGUUUUUUUCCAAGUGAUAAUGAAGUAUUUGAAGAAGAUGAUAUUCGAUUACAACGUGAAAUUAAAAAAGCAAAUGAAAUGAAUUUUGAAGAAUUUAAUUCACAAAUAAUAAUAAACAAAGGGUUUGAUAGGAAACAUCGACAUAUUAUAAUAUUCAAUCAAAAUGUAUUAAUUGAUAAUACUCCAAACUUUCCACAAAAAUUUUACUUCUUUGUUUUAAAGUCAUUACAAUUUAUUUAUCAAAAAGAAUUUGUUAUUAUUUAUAUUAAUAAUAUGAAUCAAAUUCCUUAUGGUAUUUUUGAAAUGUUAUAUUUAAAACUUCCAAAUCAAAUAAAAAGUAAUAUUUAUAAAAUUUAUUCAUUUAUCUCUCCUUCAAUUUCUUUAAAACAAAUUAAUUUUAUAAAGUCUGAUGAUUUAAAUAAAUUUGUAAUAGUAAAAGAUUUAUUUGAAUUUUUUAAAGACAUUCCAAUGGGAACAAUUUCUAUUCCUCAUGAUUUUGUGGAAUCUUUAGCUACUCAACAUCCUAUUUUUGGUAUUCCUUUGUCAGAAGCUGUUCAUCAUCCAUUUAGAGGUUCAACAACUGCUCCAUUAAUUAUUGAAUGUGCUAUUAUGUACUUUUCAUCUAAAGUAGAAGUUAUUUCAAUAGAAGGAAUUUUUAGAAUGGCUGGUUCUAAACAAAGAUUAGAACAAUUAAUUAAAGAAUUUAAUUGUGGAAUUCGUAGUGAAUUUGAAGAAGAUGAAGAUCCUCAUGUUGUUUGUUCAUUAUUAAAACAUUAUUUACGUUCAUUGCCAACACCUUUAUUAACUUAUCAAAUUGGAGAUGAAAUUGCGGAAUUAUUUAAAAAUGACACAAUGAUAACUGAAGAUAAAAUAAAUUCAAUCAUUAAAAAAUUACCAGAAGAAAAUAAAUCAUUAUUAUAUCAUCUUGUUGUGUUAGGAAAGAUAAUUUGUAAUCAUGUUAGUGAAAAUAAAAUGUCAACUUCAAAUAUGGGAAUUAUGUUCGGUCCUUGUAUUUAUUGGAGUGAAAUUACUAACAUUGAAGCUAUUUCUAAAGCAAAGAAUAUUAGUUUAUUCUUUACUUAUUUAUUGGAUCAUGCCGAUAAAAUACUUGCAACUGAAUGA